UUAUUUUGUAAAACACUUUUUGAAGAAGCUAUGUACCACUCUAGAAGGACCAGUUUUGUUCCCAGAAGCGGCAUCUAUGCACCCUGCUCCCACCGACUUCCCAGGAAAUCCCCGGGCCUGGCGGCCCCUCGGCACCUGAAAAGCUCCCCCUACGCUUUCUUCAGUAACACCCCCCUUUUAUUCAUUUUCGACUUCAUUGUCUCCCCCGGCCCCAGAAGGCCCAAGCCGCGGCGGGCUGGGUGUGCGUCUGCGUGCUCAACGGAGCCCGGUUCACGUCACACGACUGACUCCUGGUGCACCCAGCGGGUACUGCACCGGCGAGCCGGUGCUGACACCACGACUCUGAGGCGACCCCGCAGGGGCGGCCACGGGCGCCCUCCGCCUCGCCAAGACGAAGGGGAAGCACCGGCCUCGGGCGCGCCUGCCCGCCCGCUCCGAAGAGCCGCCGCCGCCACGCACCGGCCAACGGCCCCCCGCGCUCCCCGCAGGGACGAGCCACCGCCGCUCCCCUCCCUCCGGCCCCAAGCAAUCGGCCGCCGAACGACAUGCCCCGGCUGUCUCUGUGUGCUCUCUCAGCACGCUAAUCGGGGUGUCGGUUCAUCGGCUCGCUCGGCCUGGCGACCGGCAGGGCGGACGCCGUCGCACGGGUGCGUCGGGGGAGGGCAGCGGACGCCAUUUUACAGGAAGAGGGUAGCUGGGCCUGUCGGCGAGAGGGAUCCCACCGUCUGCAAUGGCCAAUGUCCAAGAACUGUGUGGCCAGAUGAAGUAAUGGGUCCAUUUGGUCCUCAGGACCAGAGAUUCCAGUUGCCUGGUAAUAUUGGUUUUGACUGUCACCUAAAUGGCACUGCUUCUCAGAAGAAGAGUCAGGUUUCGAAAAGUCUGCCUGAUAUACUAGCAGAGCCUUCGGCAAGUGAAAGGCACGAAUUUGUAAUGGCACAAUACAUAAAUGAAUUUCAGGGUGCUGAUGUUCCACAGAAACAGCAAAUAAAUAAUGCUGAAACUUACUUUGAAAAUGCAAAGGUAGAAUGUGCAGUACAAGCUUGUCCUGAACUGUUACGAAAAGACUUUGAGUCAAUGUUUCCAGAAGUGAAUGCCAACCAAUUAACGGUAUUAACUGUCACCCAGAAGACUAAAAAUGAUAUGACUGUAUGGAGCCAAGAGGUGGAGGAUGAGAGAGAAAUGCUGUUAGAAAAUUUCAUUAAUGGUGCCAAGGAAAUUUGCUGUGCAAUUUGUUCAGAAGGCUAUUGGGCUGACUUCAUUGAUCCAUCCUCAGGACUGGCAUAUUUUGGAUCCUACACAAACAACACUCUGUUUGAAACAGAUGAACGCUACCGCCACUUGGGAUUUUCCGUUGAUGAUCUUGGCUGCUGCAAAGUUAUUCGUCAUAACAUCUGGGGUACUCAUGUGGUUGUAGGAAGUAUUUUCACUAAUGCUGAACCUGACAGUCCUAUCAUGAGAAAACUAGGUGGAAACUACUAGUCAUCAAGGUUUCACAAGUUCUUAUGACCUUUGCAUUCUCUUCCUUGAUGAUUCUCUCUAAGCAUUGUCAGGAAAUGCCACCCUUAAAUAAUAAAGUAGCUGUUAUUUAUUUUAGUCUUUGUGAGUAUGUGUUCACCACAUGUGACUUAGAAUAUUAAUUGACAACAUUCAAACAGAUGCCAUUAUGCUACCUGAAUUUUAAGCUGUGAGAUUCUUUCACAUUGAGUUUAAACAUACAUGUACAUAGCUAUCCGCAUAUCUUUUUUUAAUAUUAAUUAUUUUGUCUUUCAGUGUCUGACACAUCUGUGCUCUUAAUAUUAAAAAUCCUGAUGUUUCUAGGAAUUUUGUCACUUACCAAAGUGAGUAAGUGGCAAAAAAAAGUGGAAUAAGUAAUAAAAUUGUUUUGCUGGAAUAUAAAACUUAAUAGAAACUACAGAAGUUAUGCUGGACUAAUCACUCAUUUGCUGUUCCAAAAUGAGAAUAAUGAAGUAAGCUUUCAGUGAUCUCUAACUACAAGUUGUACUUCAACAGGGAAGUGUUCACUCAAAUGCUACAUCCAGCGACUCAGUAAAAAGUCUUAAAUUACUUUAGAGUCAGUCAUCUCUUAAUGUUGGUUUUUUGGUUUUUGUUUGGGUUUUUUUUGUCCUCAUGUUGCUUGGGAUUUUAUUUUCUCAGUGUUAGCUAAAUAUAUUUAAUUAGUUCAUAUUUGUAAAUGUAAUUUAAAGUUGCUUUUUUAAUUUUCUUAGGUCAUUAAAUACAUUGUGGAAAAAAAAAAGAUAACAGGACAAUGCUUGGAUAUAAUCAUUGUUUUCCUGUACUUGAAUGCAAUUUAGACUUGUCUCUGUGGAAUUUUGAAAUGCGAAGAGCAAUUAUGAUCAAUUAUAAAAAUAUUUCAACAGGAAGGUUCCAGUAAACUAGUCAGUCUCUUCAGGCAUCAUAAAAAUAGUGAGGUCAGUUGAAGUUCCUGGAGGAAGAAUAGUAAAGAAAAUUCCAAGCAUGUGCAGUACCAUAACUGUCAUCUGCCUCACUGCAGAGACUAAGUAACAAACUAGAUUUUAAUCUCCUCGCAGUCAGUUAGCGGGGCCGUUUGUUAAUACACCUCAGCAGUAGCUAUGCCAGUUCGUGCAACAGUGAGAAUCCUUCAGUCUUGACGCCAUCAAAAUACAGGGCAACUUUUGUCUGGAUAAUGGAGGCACAAGAUGAUGAUCUGAGAGUUUUAGCUUCCUGUCAGAUAGCUAGGAAUUUGAUUCAUUGUGUUUUUUCCCAGUGUUGACGAACACAGAUUGAAAACUUGUUCCAGGUUUGUAUAAUACUUCUGUUCCCUGCUCAGGGUCCAAGACAGUUAUCACCAAAGUCUUUUUAUUGGCUUUUAAUGGGUUUAGAACCAUAUCCUUUACCAAGUGCCUCUAUCUGUCCUUGUUAAUGAUUGCUGCAAGCCUGUAACUUUGCUGGAUCCCGGAGGUAGAAGCGGGGAAGAUUCUCCAGUGGAGAAGUGAGUGCUGCCUAAAGUCACUCACUAAGCCAGCAACUCAGAAGUGAUCCUGAUCACCUACCAUCGUCGUCACUGCUGGCUCUAGCCUGCGCACGUGCCAAGGUUGAAGUGUAUGGCUCUUGAGGCAGGAUAUGUUUAUCACCUUGUUCUGGAAUUUGUGCUGUAUUUCCAGAGCCCAAGUUCUUGAGUGCCACUCUACUGUCGAGAAAGCUGUAUUACUUCAGAGUCUUUUAUUGAUAUUCCGCCCCCCCACCCCCCUCCAUUCUCAAGGGAAUUAAAAAAAACACACCACCUUGAGAAGCUGCAAUGUGUCUUGACUGUUUGCAGAACCCACUUAAAUCAGCUCAUUUGAUAAGAAGAGGGUUAGUGUCUUUGGACAGUAGAGCACAUUUGGGGAGGACCUUGGAUAAAAUGAGAGAAAUAAAGUCGGUGAAAUGGUCCACAUUUUAAUUAUCUAGAAGACUUGCUGCUAUCUUUCCUUCAGAUGACUUUGCUGUGCUUACCUUCCUAUGUUUUAGAAACGGUGGGAGGUAUCAGGCAGCUAUUCAAUUUAAGAUUGGGAUGCUAGCUUUUGAGUUCAUGUUCUUUAAAGUUUUGUCUUGUAAAGGGCUUUUACAGUAGCUUUCAAGUGACUUCAAUGCGAGGCAAAAAUCUCAAAGUAGUGGGAAUUUUGCCUUGACUUCACUCAUGACACUCAUGUAAUGUGUCAUGACAGAAUGUGAGGGGAGGUGCGAUUUCCUGAUAUUUUUCUAAAUGUUCUGGUACAUAUUGACUCUCAAAAGAGGCUAGAGCUGUUCCAGUUUUAUUUGCCUCACAUCAGAAGAGCUAUACUGUGUAUUAAUUAACUUGCUACUGUAAAAGUUCUUGAAUACAGUGUAACUGUACUUCUGAUAAUAAAAAGCCAAAACUUUCAGUAUUAAAAAAAUUAAUUCCUUUGUAAGGUAAAGGAACAAACAUGAGAAGAACAAUUGUAUGUAAGGUCACAUUUGCCUCCCUAUCAAAAGAUUAUUGCUCUGUGGGAGGUGCUAUUUUUCUUAAUUCAGAGAGGCUGUUCAUUUCUGGAUGUCAAUUCAUUACCAAAUAUACCAGAAUUUAUUUUUUGCAAUAAAUUUCUUAAAACCAUAUUUAGUGAUGCUGAGUGUCACAAGAACAGUGCUAUUGUAUAGUUACAUUUGCAAGCAUAUUAGUAUACAUGGAGAAUAUACUUAAAAUGAUGCAAGUCUUGAAGUUAUUGGUAGUAGUCAAAAGGCUAAAGAAAUGUUAUAGGUGAAGUGUAGAAAUAUUACAGAUGAAAUGUUUGUCACUUAAGUGCCCUAAGAUCUGAGGAGCUGAGCUAAAUAUCUGUCCACAGAAUUCCCAGGAAAGUUGAGGAGGAAAAAAAAAUAAAAGCCCCAUAAGUUGGUGUGGGGUUUGGUUUUUUUUUUUUUUGGUUGGUUGGUUUGGAGUGUUUGUUUUUGGUUUGUUUUUUUUUUUUUCCUUCCUAGAAUAUCUUAGUACUGAUCUUACAUGAGCUAUUACCAUGGUGAGGUUCUACACCACCAUAGUCUCCUAAAUAGCUGGUGGCAUCACUGCGAAGGACAGCAGUGGUGACAGGAAUUUAAUUUUAAGUUACAAAAUAAAUUUGAAACCAUGCUUAAAAUUUUAAUAGGGAUAAGCAGACAGAACAAGACACUGAGAGAAUGGGCCAGUUCCCAGCUGGAAGGAAAUGUUUUCCUGUCCUGUGGAAGAUAAAAUCUCUUGCUGCAUGUCUGAGCUCAGUGAAAUGGGAAGACAUCGCUUUGUUGGUUGAAUUGGUACAGGGAAAUACUUAAUUAUCUUGAAGUCUUUAAUGCAGCGGUGGGGAUCUUUGCACCUGCAGACUCCUCAAGUUUAGACAGUCUGAUAGUUUUUACUCAGACUCUGGUAUAAACAUUGAAGUAACAACUACCAAAAAAGUUUCUGUUUUCAGUGCUGUAGCUGUUCAUGUUUAAGCUGUGCUACUGUGAGAGCUAAUUGUAAGAGUUGUUCUGUUACCUAAAUAACACUAGGUGACUGUUAGGUAGUUACAUAGUGUUAUUAGACAGGACAGAAGUACAGUAUUUUACUAGAUUGAGGCUUGUGUAUGGAGGAGCUUAUUCCAAAUCUUUUGCUCAACCACUUUGGUUCAGUUCAGUGAAUUCAUUGAUUUAUUCAUGACAUCCUUAUGUAAUGGUGCAGGUUUUAGAACUUUGCUUUAUAUUUAACUAUGCUUAACUUGUGGGAUAACAAGUAAACUAGUCUUUCUCUGGUUCACUGAGUUAGAAAUUAACACUAAACUGUCACAUGGAGGGAGUAAAAAUAUAGUGAUGUAAAGCUGAAAUAUAAUAGUGAAAUAAUUGUAUGGCUUGCCUCGUGUCAGUCCUUUUAAAGCCUGUUUUUAUCAAGUCCCCUCUUUUUUACUCAGCGUCCUCAAAAUUGUCAUUCAAACUAACUGUGCAUACAUUUAUAGAGAACAGGAAAAAUGAGCGUUUCAAAGAGCAUAAACAGUGAAGAACUCUAUUCUCCUUCUAUUGGAAGCCACCUGGCUGGAAAAAAGCUCUCAAAAUAAUCCGGAGGGUCAAAAGUAUUUCUUGGGGGAGAGGGCCCCUUUUCUUUGACUGCCAUCUUUGCUGCGGGCUCGUUGCCCUUUCUUGCUAAUUGAGGUGUCAUUCAACAAGAGGUACUCUGGUUCAUAAACUUGCAGGAAAGCACGGUGGUAACUUUAGACAGCUCCAGGUAGCUGAUCCAGAAAGGUGAGGGCACAGGACAUAAGCUGCUUUGUCACAGUAACAUACAUAAAACUUGGUCUGUGAUGUUGACUUACUCUAAAAGCUUCUGCCUGGUCAGGCUAAACUAAUUGCAGAAAUCUAAACCUGUGGUGGAAAACCACAUGAAUUUGGAAGAACUUGGUGUAUGGUGCGUGUGUUAAUGCUGUUACUCAAAUACUUUGAAAUAAAUAUGGAGCGGCAAUAAA